CGGAGAGGAGGAGAGGCGGCGGCCAGAGAGGCCGCAUCGACGGCAGCGGCGGCUCCUUCCUUCCUGUCGGCGCCGACCCGGAGGGCGCGGCGGCGAGCGGUGCACCUGAGCGCCCGGGGGCUGCUGGGCCCGUGGCCGGUGCGCAGGGCCGAGCAAGGCGGGACCUCGGCCUGUCUGAAGUGGGCGUGGGGGUCGGCCAAGAAUGCAGGACUUGGAAUAAUGGAUUUAAGCUACAAGAAGGUGGAUUCAGGUUGAAUUUUAGGGGGAAAAAGAAUCACUAAUGGUUGGUGUCCUUUAGCUUAAGCUCAUCAGCUGGAGGCAUCAUGAGCAGAAGCAAGCGUGAAAGUAACUUCUACAGUGUUGAAAUUGGAGAUUCUACUUUCACCGUAUUAAAGCGAUACCAGAAUCUGAAGCCGAUUGGUUCAGGUGCACAGGGGAUAGUAUGUGCAGCUUAUGAUGCUCUUCUUGAAAGAAAUGUUGCAAUCAAGAAACUCAGCCGACCGUUUCAAAAUCAAACACAUGCUAAAAGAGCCUAUCGAGAAUUGGUCCUCAUGAAGUGUGUAAACCACAAAAAUAUAAUUGGUCUGUUAAACGUGUUCACUCCACAGAAAUCACUGGAAGAAUUCCAAGAUGUUUACAUAGUGAUGGAGCUCAUGGAUGCCAAUCUCUGCCAAGUCAUCCAGAUGGAGCUUGACCACGAACGGAUGUCCUACUUGCUGUAUCAAAUGUUGUGUGGCAUCAAGCACCUCCACUCGGCUGGAAUCAUACAUAGGGAUUUAAAACCUAGCAAUAUUGUGGUGAAAGCUGACUGCACACUGAAGAUUCUAGAUUUCGGGCUGGCCAGAACAGCCGGGACCAGCUUCAUGAUGACUCCUUACGUCGUGACGCGCUACUACCGAGCACCAGAAGUCAUCCUUGGAAUGGGAUACAAAGAAAACGGUUAGGAGCCUCACGUUUCGAUUGCUAGACAGCGUCUUUUUGUCAUUCCAUUCCUUGGGUUCCUCUCUCAUCUUUUCAUGUGCCUCAUUUUAUGCUUUAUUUAGCUGUUAAAACCUAACGCAUUCUCAGAAUCUGCCGUGUGUUUAGUCUCAGUGUUUCGUGUUGGAAGCACCUUAAUGUUGAUGGUGUUGGGACAGUGCUUUUUUUUCUUAGUUUCUGUGUUCUUCAAAUGUGAAAAAUAACUUCUACUUCUAUAAAGCGGCUAAAAUUAAGCUUAACUACGCACAGGAAGCCGUUGCUUAAUGACAGCACCUGGGCCCGCCAUGUCUGGCUAAGGGACACGGUCACAUGACAUGGUCAGGCAGGUCCUCUGAGGCCAUGGGGGGGGGGCUUCCCCUGGGGUUCCUGCAGGCGAGUGAGCAGCUGAGCUGCUGGUCCCACCUGCCGUCUUGGGCAGCUUAGGGUAUGGUUAGCACCAGGAGUGGGGAUUCAACCGGUGUUACUACCGGUUCGGUGACUAUGUUUUGCAUGUGCAGUUUGUGG